AUGUCAAUACGGAGAGUACGCUUCGACAUGAACAAGCUCGCACGAGUUGCCACUGAGGCCAUAACGGCCAAUAAAUGCAUCAAUGUCGAAAAAUGCCCCGACGGCCUGUACAACAAGUCCUAUCUCUUCACCAUGGACGACGGCAGACAAGUCAUCGGCAAAGUGCCAAAUCCCAAUGCCGGUGUGCCCCAUUUCACCACUGCAAGUGAAGUUGCAACCCUGGAUUUUGUCCGUAACAUCUUGGAAACACCAGCACCACAUGUCUACGCUUGGAACUCUAGGGCAGACAAUCCAGUUGGUAGUGAAUACAUCAUCAUGGAAAAGAUGCCAGGGGUGCAGCUCUCCCGGGUCUGGGACCACAUGAAACCCACGGACAAGGUCUUGGUGGUCAUUCAACUGUUCCGCUUUCAGAAAAGGUGGCUGUCGGCCUGUUUUACAAAUAUUGGUGGCCUCUAUUAUGCAGAUGACGUUGAGGCCGGCGCAGCCAGAGCACCUCUGUUUACCGACAGCACUGGAAAGGAGGUCAGAGACGACCGAUUCGUGAUAGGGCCAACCAACGGUCGAGACUGGGUUGAUGGAGUCAGAUCCUCGUUGAAAUGCGAUCGAGGUCCUUGGACUUCCAUCUCGGACUACUACCAAGCCAUCCUCCACCGCGAGAUCAACGCUACGAAGAAUGCAACGCGCCUCCCCAAGCAAUCGGUGAUGCUCUGCGGGCCGACACUGUACGAGCCACCGCGUGAAAAUAAACAGGCAGUUUUGGAACGGACUGCCCGCGUUGUGAGAUACCUCAUUCCUGCCGAAGCAUCAAUAUGUGCAUCACACAUAUGGCACAACGACCUUCACGACGAAAACAUCUUCGUGGAUCCGGCAAAUCCCACCAAAAUCACUGGCAUCAUCGACUGGCAGUCGACUCUCGCCGCGCCUCUAUUCCAGAAUACCAUCGAUCCUGGGUUCCUUAACUAUGACGGACCAGGCAUCGAAUCCCUAGACAAGCCAGUGCUCCCCAAGAACUUCGACGACUUAUCCGCCGCCGAAAAAGACGCCGCACUCGAACUUUCCUACAGCCAGGCUCUCCUGGUAGCUUACCGCAGGCUGAUCCAGAAGAAAACGCCAUUGAAACUGGCAUCAGAAUUCCAGACCUCUACCGCAUAUGACAUCCUCAAACUUUCUCGCCGCAUCUUUGAAGUUGGCGAGGCACACGUACUGGCUAUUCUCACCACCCUGGAAUCCGAGUGGGGCGACCUCCCUGCUGUGCGACAGGCGGGAGGGCCUCGUUUCCCGCUCAGCUUCUCGGAAUCCGAGCUCGAGCAGAUCGACGAGGAUGUAGAAGCUGCCGAUGCUGGGAUCUACGCCAUGGACGGCAUCAGACGGCGUCUCGGACGUCUGUGGCCCGACAAAGGCGCCGUACAGGCUCAACAGUACGAUGAAACGAAGAGACUGCUUAGAGAGGUGAAAGAAGAACUGCUGCACAGUCUCAAACUUGACGAUAAAGACGCCCGGGUCUUUGAAGAACUGUGGCCUUUUGAUGAAUAG